AUGGCCCAAGAACCCGAGGUCUGAUACAAUAUUCCAACGUAAAAGUCAAUCGUAGAGUGGCAGUUCUCCGGCGUUGACCUCACCGUGGUGCAAUUUUUUCUCCGAUCCCGUGGGAGUUGCAGGAGCCGGUAAGGGUGACGGAGAUGAUCGUUCGGAUGGACUGCAACGGCUGCGUGCAGAGGGUCAAGAGGGCGCUGCAUGGCGUCGCCGGUGAGAAUCGCCGCCGUCUUCCUCUUCUCCUUCUUCUUCCUCUCCGGCGAGUCUGACGGCGGCGGCGGCGGUCUCCGCAGGCGUAUCCGCCGUCAACGUCGACGUUGACCAGAACAAGGUGACGGUAGUCGGCAGGGCCAGCCUGGAGAAGAUCAUGAAAGCCGUGAAGAAGACGAGGAAGGCCACCACUGUCAGCUCCCACACAGAAGCCGCCGCCUCUGGCGAGAGCCCCUCGCCGGCGCCGGAGCCGGAUCCCAGCCCGUCCCCCGCAGAGGCUCCGCCGGCGGAGCCCGCCCCGCCGGCGGCGCCACCCAGCGACCCGCCGCCGCCGCCGGAGAAACCGGCGGAAGACGCCAAGCCGGCGGCAGAAGCCGCUGCGCCGGCGCCACCGGAGGGGAAGGACCCCUCCGGCGACGGCGUCCACAUGAUCCAUGACUACCCUCACCGGCACGUCCUCCGAGCUCACUGGGCAGAUCAGCCUCCUGCUUAUGGCUAUGAUCACAUCAUCCACAGCUACAACAGGUACCGCCCGGCCGCCGGAAUAUUCGAGUACGCUGACCUCCGGGCGCCGCCGGUGAGCGUCAGAUACCCCGACGACUAUUAUCGCCAUCAGCACGGCGGCGGCGGAAGCAACGACGGGGGCAACGUCAUCUCCUACCACCCCCAUCAGAACAACAUCACUUCCAUCUUCAGCGACGAGAACCCGAACGCCUGCAGUGUCAUGUGA